CAUGACCGUGAUCUACAUUUUAUUUUUUUAAUUUUUAAUUAUUUUCCUGAGUUUUCUAGGCUUUUUACUUUAACUGUAAAUUUAUAGAUAUAUGUUUAAAAAUAUUCACAGUAUACUAAACUGCUAUUAUUUUUAUCUUGGAAUAUAAAACCAUUGAAAUGUUGUUAAUAACCGGAGAAAAUAGUUCGAUUAACAAUUUUCAAUUAUUCUUUUUCUUGGCUGAAAAAUAUUUAUGAAAAAGAUGAAAAUUAUACAACCAAUUAUUGUUGCUUUGGUUCUUCACAUUGUCAUUAUCUUGUGUAUUAUAUUCAAAAUGUUUGGAAACGAACCCGAUUCUGCAAUUAAACUACAUGACUUGACAAUAGAAAAUUCUAAGUUUAUAGAUAAAAAGUUUCAACACGCAAAAAACUUUAUAAAUUUUGGUUUAUCAAAGGACAUAUUUAAAGAAAAAAUGAAUAUUUUAGUUCAGUUUGUAAAUGCCACAAACAAUAUUAGGCUUCAAAAACACUUUUAUAAUUUACUUGAAUCAAUCAUUUCUAAAAGUGAUACAGAAUUUAUUAUUUUUAUAACUGGUGAUGCUAAUGAUUGGAUCUUAGCAAAUAAUAUAAUUAUUUCUAUCUAUAAAAAAAUAAAACAGCAAUUUCGAUUGCAUCCGAUAAUGCAAUAUCUGGACAUAAACGCAGUAGCAAAGGAGCUUUCUAAAAUAAUUUUUGUUAUGCAGGAUUUAUUUAGUAGUCCUGCUGGAUCUUAUUACAGCAAAACUCUUUUCUUUAUUCCAUUAGCUCUUCAUCGAAUAAAUUCUCUCAAAAACGUUACUCACCUUAUAAUGAUUGAUGUUGACAUAGAAUUAAGAACAGAUAUAAGGUAUCUCUAUAAUAUAUUUUUACAAAUGGGUCCAGAACAGUUAUAUGGGCUAGCACGAGAGCAGCAACCAACCUAUAGACAUAUCACUUCAGCUUACAGAAAAAGACAUAAAAAAACUGCUGUUGGUAAUCCUCCUCCUUUUGGUCUUACCGGAUUUAAUAGUGGAGUAAAAUUGAUAAACUUAACUUCUCUACGACAAAGCAAACUAUACAACAGUUAUCUUGAUGAUCCAGUAAAACUGAAGCAUUUAGCAGAUAAAUUUUCUUUCCGUGGUCACUUAGGUGAUCAAGAUUUUUUUACUCUGCUUAGUUUUUUACAUAAAGAUAUGUUUUAUGAAUUACCUUGCCAAUGGAACCGUCAACUUUGUGAAUGGUGGAGAAGUAUAUACCCUCUUGUAUUUGAUCAGUAUUUUAAUUGUACUCCGCCAUUCUUUGCUGUCCAUGGUAACUGUGAUACUAAAAUAGAAAGUUAUAACUAGAA